AUGCUGACGAAAUCUGACUCGAAGUACGUGAUAGGUGGCCUGUGCUUCAACCUAAAAUGCUGGGAAAAUAGAGGCUGGAUCGGGAUCUCGAAUAGUGAUGUAUGGAAAGCUACGGUGGCUGCACUCCGACAACAUAAUGCCCCAAUAUUUUUCCAGUGGGUAAAGGGCCAUAGCGGGGACUCUGGAAACGAAGGAGCAGACGAGCUAGCUGGGCGAGGAGCACAACUUGGGGAAGACGAAGCAUCCCCAGCAAAUGUUGAUAUUGAUCACGAGUUCAAUGUUGACGGGGCAAGGCUAUCAACCCUGACCCAGAGUCAAGCGUACAAUCUCCUGCGAAUGGCGGCUGCAAAGGAAGAACGGUCGUCAUCCCAACGAAUAGUCGCGCAAGUAAUGGCAGCAGUGAAAGAGAUAAACGGCGUCGAACCGAUGGCCACCCGGCUUUGGACGUCAAUUCACCACAAAGAUGUAUCAAGGCCAAUACGAGGCUUCCUGCGGAAGGCACUCCAGAAUACUUUCAAGAUUGGAAUCUUUUGGGAACGUUUGGGACCUCAGUAUGCAGUGCGAGGCGAGUGCCCUCAUUGUAAGGUGCCUGAAUCAAUGGAGCAUAUUCUUUUAGAGUGUAAUAUCGAAGGCCAAGCCACGUUGUGGAAGCUAGUACGAGAACUGUGGGAAGGCAAAGGCCAAAAGUGGAUUCAACCAAGCCUAGGUAUUGCGCUGGGAGCAACACUGAUACAGAUCCAGAAUAGAAAAGGAGACGUAGACAAAGCUGCUACCAGGAUGUACAGAAUCCUCAUGACAGAGACGAUUCAUUUAAUUUGGAAGAUUCGGUGCCAACGCCGGAUCCAGAGAGGAGAUGACGACCCUUCGGGAUGGCACACAAGAGAAGAAAUCCGGGGUCUAUGGAUUACUGCGAUGAACCGCAGAUUGAUGAUCGACCGCAUGCUAGUGGAUAAGCGCAGAUAUGGCUCAAAAGCGCUGACGAAGGCGGUAGUAUUAGCAAUGUGGAAAGGUACAUUACUGAAUGAGAAAGCCUUACCGGAGGACUGGUUAGACCAGAGCGGGGUUUUAGUGGGUAUAGUGCCGGGCUGUAAGAGGCCGCGAGGAAGGCACCGAGUCCCACACUGA